CUUCACCGUCUCUGUCUUUUCCUCCUUCCAGUCCCCGGCUUUCCUUUCCUCCCCCUCGCCGCUGACCGAGUUUUUCCUUUACAGACCGAGUCGCCUUGCUGUCGUCGCGGUGAUUUUCCUGCUACUGCUACUGCUGCUGCUGCCGCCGCCACUACCACUGGGCUCAUUUGCCCCGACCCCUUCCCGCCGCCCCGCCCCCAGCCCCACACAAGGUAACAACCCCCCUGAGGGAGAGAGUGAGGCCUGGCCGGGCCCGGGUCCCUCCCGAGGUGAAGCGGAGGCUCAAGGCCGAGGAGCCCGCCUCGCCGGAGACGCCCAGGCGCUGGCCCUGGAGCCCGGAGCCACGGCCGUUUCUCAGCCAGAGCUGAGCCUCGGCGGCCCGGCUGGCGCUGGCCUCCAUGCGGCGGCGGCAAACACGGCCCGCAGGGUACUGGGUCGGGUGGGGCUGGGCGCCGCGCGGCUCCCUGUGGAGCUUGCCUGUUGGAGCGCGGCGGGGGGCUCCGGCGGUGGUCCUGGAGCUGGCGUGUGGAUUUCCAGAUGUCAGAGGAUUUAGCAAAGCAGCUGGCAAGCUACAAAGCUCAGCUCCAGCAAGUUGAAGCUGCAUUAUCUGGAAAUGGAGAAAAUGAAGAUUUGCUAAAAUUGAAGAAAGAUUUACAAGAAGUUAUAGAACUAACCAAAGACCUUCUGUCAACUCAACCUUCUGAGACUCUUGCAAGUUCAGACAGUUUUGCUUCCACUCAACCUACUCAUUCAUGGAAAGUAGGAGACAAGUGUAUGGCAAUCUGGAGUGAAGAUGGACAGUGUUAUGAAGCGGAGAUUGAGGAGAUAGAUGAAGAAAAUGGCACCGCUGCAAUCACCUUUGCUGGUUAUGGCAAUGCUGAAGUGACUCCACUGUUGAACCUCAAGCCUGUAGAAGAAGGAAGGAAGGCAAAGGAAGACAGUGGCAACAAACCCAUGUCAAAAAAAGAAAUGAUUGCCCAGCAGCGUGAAUAUAAAAAGAAGAAAGCUUUGAAAAAAGCUCAGAGAAUAAAAGAACUUGAGCAGGAAAGAGAGGACCAGAAAGUGAAAUGGCAACAAUUCAACAACAGAGCCUAUUCUAAAAACAAAAAAGGCCAGGUAAAGAGGAGUAUUUUUGCUUCACCUGAGAGUGUGACUGGCAAAGUUGGAGUAGGAACCUGUGGAAUUGCUGAUAAACCUAUGACACAAUAUCAAGAUACCUCUAAAUACAAUGUCAGGCAUUUGAUGCCUCAAUAAUCAGAAAAACUGUUGGAUUUCAUCUCUGCAGGGCUUUACAUUUACCUUUUUAUCCUUAUAUUUUUCUAAAGGUAAAUUAUUUGUUAGAUUAGUAAGCAAGAUACCAUUGUCGUCAUUGGUUGACUUCAGUAGAAUGAGACGUGAAGAAAUUGCAUUUGAUAACUGCUAUUCAUUUAACUUUUCUCAUUAUCAGUACCACGGUUCCCUCAAAGUUUGUUGAAUAAAGCAACUUUUGUAGAUGCUGUUUCAUACAGCACUUAGAUGAAUUAUUGAUCUUCCUAAUAUCAGGCGCCUACUUAACCUAUGAUAUGUACUUUCUGUAAGUUGUAACUUGAAAUUUUCAGAUGCUUUGAACUUGACACAUACUCUAGCAAUUCAUUGGAACACCAAGGCAAAAACACCAACCUGCUAAAAGAGAUCUUUUCAUUUUUCUUACUUUCAACUUUAAAACUUAGCUGUCGUUCAGUUAAGCUUAAAGAUAAAUUUGUAAAUGGCAAAGUUUGUUUUGAGGUUUUUCCUCAAUAACUUGUUUCCCAGGCCUAUUAGGCCAUCUCUAAAAUUGAUCUAGCUGUUUUAUUUUUAUGUACUCUGUUUUAUGUAAGAAACCUUAGGAUGAGCUCCCUUUUCUAAGGUGUUUUUGUUUUUUGUAUGUUUGCUUUUUUCCUGUUGUUUUUUCCAUUUACGGCAGUGGUACCAUGUUUUGGAUGUGUAAUGUUUAUAUGGGAGAACAAAAAGCUGAUGUAUAGCCCUGUAUACAGUGUAGAUACUAUUUUUGUAAAAACACAAGGCUAAAUUAAUGAACAAGAAUACUGAAUAUUUCAUCAUUAAAAAUUUCUUGUAUUUCUUGCGCAUUAAUCUGACCAUAAUUUCCCUGUAUAUUAUGUUCAUUUAGCUGUUUGUAAUUUUUGUUAAUUAGAUCAAGUUGUCUGCAUUUGUUGGUGUAAGUGAACAUCACAGUUAUCCUGAGUUGAGUUUAAGCCAAAUACAUGCAUAGAAAAGGGUCUUCCUAUUAAUGGAAGAAGGUAAUUUUUAGGAUGUGUGUUAUUUCAGUUUUGUAUGUUUAACUUUUAUUAAAUAAAGUGUUUUUAAAAUCUCCA